AAAUGCCAGGCGCGUCUCUCGGGCUGGAAGCAUGAGCCUGCCUUUCUCCAGCUGCUGCCUCCUCCUCCUCCUCCUCUUGCUUAGUGGCCACUUGAUCCUCCCGGCUUUGGCGCACCCGCGGCCCCCUCGGGCGCAAUUUGGAGAGGCCGAGCAGCCCCACAACGUUGGCAGCGGCAGCAGCAAUCUUGGAAAUCGCCCCGCCACUUCGUCUCUCUCCUCCUCCUCCUCCUCCUCCUCUUCCUCCUCCUCUUCUUCUUCUUCCUCCUCCUCCUCCUUUUCCGCACCUUCCUCUUAUUCCUCCCCUUCCUCCUCGGGAGUUCAAAGCGGCGGCUCGGAGAUGAGCCGUUUUAAGUGGAGUCCCUCCGGACGUCGAACGGGGAGCCUCUACUGCAGGGUGGGCAUCGGUUUCCAUCUCCAGAUCCACCCUGAUGGGCAGGUCAACGGCUCCCACCACGACAGCCUCUUAAGUAUUUUGGAAAUAUUCGCCGUGUCUCAGGGGAUAGUAGGAAUACGCGGAGUUUUCAGCAACAAAUUUUUAGCCAUGUCGAAAAAAGGAAAACUGCAUGCAAGUGCCAAAUUUACCGACGACUGCAAGUUCAGGGAGCGGUUUCAAGAGAACAGCUACAACACCUAUUCCUCAGCAGUCCACAGGACGGUGCAAACCGGGCGGGAGUGGUACGUGGCUUUGAACAAGAGGGGCAAAGCCAAACGUGGGUGCAGCCCACGAGUAAAACCCCAGCAUGUCUCCACUCAUUUCCUUCCACGGUUCAAACAAACCGAGCCGCCCGAACUUUCUUUCACUGUGGCUGUCCCUGAGAAGAAAAGGCCACCGGUGGUCCUUCCACCGAAGCCCAAAGUUCCUCCGAAGAAGCCGGUUAAGUACAGACUCAAGUUUCGCUUUGGAUAGCAAUUCCUUGUUAAUUCUCAAACGAAGAAACAAUCGCCUUUUUUCCUCAGGAACUGCCUCCUAGCAGCGCCAUGGUGCAGAAAAGGCAGACCGUGUGAUCUGAGAUAACCUUCAACUCCAUUCAUGGAUCUCAUUUUGAGGCCUAACCUACAAGCCGAGCCGCUUUGGGGAAGAGGGUUUAAAAAAAACGACAUGGGGUCCUUCAGCUACGCUGAGGAGGAAAAGCACCAAAGGAAUUCAGAUAAAUUCAGAAGGAAGCCUUAAUUUUCCAUCCCAUCUCUCUCUCUCUCUCUCUCUGCUUUCCCGUCGUUGACCACGGAUUGUCUUCUGCCGGCUUGAAAUAGCUGAACUGCUGCGUGUAAAAAAACAACAACAAAUAACUUUUCCGAGAUGUGAAAGAUUACCUCAUACGUUGAGUCUAUUCUCUCUCUAUUUUUAUUACUUCUACCUGGGUUUUUAAUUGCUUUAUUUCUGUUCUUUUUGUGUGUGUGUGUGUGUUGUAAAUUCAGGAGGGAAGAGGUGAAGACGAUGGCUCACGUCACGUUCUCUGCAUGUGUGUGUUUGUCUGUCCCAUCACUCUCUCUUAUUUUUUUUCCCUGCACUUUUAAGAACAUGUUUGAAAAUACCUCAAAUACGAUUAUCGGUGGAUUUGCUCAACGCGUUCAUCGGCUGAUCUAAAUGUUUUAAGAAUUCAGAACUGUGGGAAUCGGGUGAGAAAGAAAGAAAAAUGUAAUAAAUUGAUCAGGAUGGAA